GCGCCAUUGGAGCCAGAGGCGCCCUCAGCCGAGGCCUGCGCCGCCUGGGUCCAGCCCGCUCCGCCGUGCGUGGAGCCGACCGCGGAGCUGCGGCCGCCCUCCAUCGAGGAGUGCGUCGCCCUGCUCCAGGAGUGCGCGGCGGGCGCCGGGCAGGAGCCGGGGCAGCAGCUUGCGUAUCACUCGCGGGCUCGCUGUUCGUGGAGGCGCUUCGCGGGCUGCUUGCCGGGCCUGGGUGCCGCCGACGCGCCCUGGUGGAGCAGCCUCCGCCGGGGCACGCCGUGCGCACCAGCAGCCGCGGGGUUCGGGCGUCAUCAAACGAAUGAGGGUGAUGAGCUUGUCAUCGAGUAUGCGGUCCACCCUCCGUUGCUGCUCGGCCGCACUGUGGUGGGUGAGUCUCAGAUACAGCUUUUCGACGCAGUGGUGGCUACUCCCGACAACGGCCUGUACGUGGGAGAGCUGGAGCCCGCCAACACGGACAUCCGCGCCUGGUAUCGCAGGACUCCAGCCGGGGGGCCCCCGCCGGCCGCGGCAGCCGGGAUCCUCGUGUACGACUUCGCGCAGCCUCUCAUGCUCGCCGACUUCCACGCGCUGUGCCCUGCAGCCCUCAGACUCGUCGCCGAGCACGACGCCGCCCUGGGCGCCGCCGGGGCCGGCGACGCUGUCGUGCCCGCCGGGUUGGGCCCCGCCGUGGCCGCUGCAGCAGCUGCGCCCAUCGCACCUGCCGCGGCAGCAGGGCCUGCAUGCCUCACCGGCGCUCUGGCGCCUCCGCCCGUCCCCGGG